GUAAAGGAUCAAACAUACUUUCUUUCACAUCUCUCACAGUGCCAACUUAAAAGGUUGAUUUUCCCUCUUGGAUGUAUCCCAAAGGAUGAAGUCCGUUACCUUGCGAAAAAAUUUGAUUUGCCUAAUAAAGACAGAAAGGAUUCUCAAGGAAUAUGCUUCCUUGGAAAGAUAAAAUUUAGUGAAUUUGUUGCAAGACACAUUGGGGAGAUGGAAGGUGUCAUAUUGGAAGCCGAGACAGGAGAUUUCCUUGGAAAACACCGGGGAUUUUGGUUCUACACGAUUGGCCAACGCCAAGGUCUGCGACUCUCUGGGGGUCCCUGGUAUGUUGUUGAGAAGGAUGCUAAAAACAACGUAGUCUUCGUAUCAAGGAACUAUUACUCAUUUGGCAAAAGGAGGCGCUUGUUUCGUGUUGGAUCCCUCAAAUGGCUUAGUGGCUCGCCUCCUAGCCUGAUGAAUCAACUCCAGUGCAAGGUUCGACAUGGCCCUGGUUUUUACGAUUGUAGCUUGACAAUGGAAUGUGGCGAAGAUGGUCAUGAAGUUGCAGUUGUCCAGAUAUCCAAAGAUGAUCAAGGCCUGGCAGCUGGGCAGUUCACAGCCUUCUAUGAGGGAAGAACAUGCAUUGGCUCCGGCGUGAUCAUCGAGUCCUGGGAUGAUCAGGGUUUUCCUGUUUGUGCGAAGGCUCUUGAAAUCGCAGGGAUGAGAGAUAAAUCAAAACUCGGGAAACCGGUUAAGAUAAUGGUAAAACAAGAGACUUGUCCGAAGGAAUCUGAGCAUAAAGGUUGCAUUCCAACUGCUGUUCUGAUGAAACAAGAUCAGUGUUUCAACACGAACUGAUUUCCAGAUUCACUGAAUUGGCUGCAACAGUUGGGAAAAAAAGUUGUUGGAGGUGUUCUAGUUCAUAUUUGGUAUUAUUUUUUGUAUCUUAAUUGUGUUGUUUAUAGUUUUUUUUGUUUUGUUUUUUGAGAUAAAUGUUUAUCCAAGUAAAAACAUUGUACGAACAUAGAAUGACAUGACUCGUGUUUUGUAUAAAAAUUAUGAUGAUUAAUCA